AUGACGCCAACGACGCAUCUUCUUUCCACGUUCAAAAUGACCGUCCAUAUGAGUGGAGGGUUCCAUGCAUUCGAGCUCAUCGACUGCCGUAGAGCGUGCAGCCGCGACCAGUUUACGAUGACGCAAUAUUCGCACAUGCGGCGACCCGAAAAGAAUGAGCAGGGCACAGACGAUUCAAGCCAACAAGCCACCGACACGAACGAGACCAUAUGGCAAAUAUGGCGGCUAGAGAUAUUGUGUAGUUUACUCACUCUCGGUUGCGUGCUAGCAAUCAUCACAAUAUUAGCGCUCCAUCAGAGCAAGCCCUUGCCCAAGUGGCCAGGUGUGAUGUCGGUCAAUAUCUUGGUCGCUACCUUUACCGCAGUUUAUAAGGCAUCUCUUAUAAUGCCCGUUGCCGAAGCUGAAGUGGGAUUGGUUUCAACGCCACAGAAGCUAGCUGAUGUGCUUGCUUUCGACGAUGCUACACGUGGUCCAUGGAACUCCUUGAUACUGAUCAUGAAGAAAAUACCACAAGCACAAAGGCCCUAUUUGGCAGGGCUUGGUGCCCUGAUCACCAUAGCCGCUCUCGCCAUCGAUCCCAUUUCUCAAGCCAUGUUCGAACACAAGGGAUGCAGUCGUGCCGCAGAUUCUGUCAACAGCAUCAUAGCAGAGAUACCGAGAGCGAAUCACUACGCAGCUGGCCCGAUGGACUCCGACAUCGUAAAGGGAAUUGCUGAUCCUCAAGAGUUGGCAUCCUUGAUCAACGUCAAAUGCGCUACGGGCAACUGCACCUUUGGGAACGGGGGCAACGGCAGUAACUUCUCAUCUUUAGCCAUUUGUCACUGCUGUCAAGACAUUACGGACCGAGUCAUCAAAUUUCUAGUCCAUGGAACGGGCAGUUCGAAAUUGUCUCUCUUGACCACACCGGGAAUCUUUGAUAAAGACAAAGUGUCAUUUAGACCCUUUUAUAGUUUCGAUGUUUUGACGGUACUUGAUUUCCCCUGUAACCAUCAGGAUGACACCUGCGCAGAUGAGGUAAACACUUCAGCACCUGACGUUCGAUGCAGGCUAUAUGCAUGCGUCAAGCGUUACCAUAGCAAGUGGACCCUUGUGGCCAACUCUGGCCUAAUCAAUGGCAAGGAAAUGUCUUGUACGGCAGGAGAGCGCUGGGCGCCUCAUACAGUUCGAGUUGACUCAGUGGACGGUGGUCCAUCCCAGCUUUCGCCUACGAGCCGUCUUUCUGAACGCGAAGGAGACAAGACUUUUGGCAGGAGGAAGAACGUGAUUUGGAAAUUUGUACCGCCGGAGUGUGUAUGGCGAAUAGACGCAAUCUCCUGGCGAGCGAUUACCUCCACGUUGCAGGACAACUUGCAGAACAACGUCACACACAGCAUGUUGGAUGUCUACGCGCAAGCCGCUGGCAAUAUCUCCACGGUCGAUAAUUUGGCCCGCGGCUUGGCAAGUUCGAUGACUGCGGGCAUGCGCAACAAGCCAUACGACGGCCUCGACGACAAGCGAAUAGCAGAACUUUACUCAGGCCUGAGAGCAGUGGUGGGUGUGACCCUUAUCACCGACAUAUGUGUCUACGUUAUUGGCUCUGGGUCGUAA